GUUUCGGAUUGUGGCAAUGAUUGUUUUUGAUCGCUUAUGGUCCCCGGAUGUGUGAUGAUCGUCAAUUUUGACUUUUCAAGGGGAUUGAGUGUUUUAAUUAAUCUACCUUUAUUAUUAUUUACUGUAGUCUUUUUAUAAAAUAUUUGUAAUUUUGAUUAGGGUGAUACAAAUUAUCUUAGCAUUAAUGGUAAUGCAGGCAAGGAAACUUCCAAGACUCAGCGAUGGGUAUUUUGACAGAAACCAAAGCCAUUCUUAUGAGAACACGGGUAAAUUUCCUAAACCAAAUGAUAGAUCUAAUGAAAAGGUUAAAAGUUCUCCCCUCACAAGUAAUAGUGAUGUAUCCGGUAGAAAUGAUGUACUAGAAAACAGAAGUAGUCCUCGCUAUCAUCGUACCAGCUCUCAACGAAAAGACAAAGACCAUCAUGAAGCUCUGAGAACAAUACAGCAGGCUCUUUUGUUAACUAAACAAGUUACUAAUCUAUCUCGGACCACAGAUUCCCAUCAUCAGGCAAAGUCAUCUGUUUCUCCUGCACAGUCCCAAAAUCAAGUGAAUCAUCAUUCUGUAUCUGUUCAUUCAAAUAGUUUACCAAGUAGUGCCACUCUUCAAGUCAAUUCCACAAGUGGUGCUCAUUUUCCCGAUAAUAAAAUAGACAUCGACAGGGAAAGAACCACACCAGAUUCUGAUAGCAGUACUCACUCAGUGAGACAUGAAAGUCCACCUAAUAGCGUGAGCAGUUUGCAAAAUUUAAACACAGCUGGGACGAGUUCAUUAGCAACAGUGGCUUUGAGACCAUCCGUACCUUCAUUAACGCCAUCAUUAGCCAAUUAUUAUAGAGAAGAUUUAAUAUCUCAUGUUGUGGGCUGGCAAGCAGAUCAUGCUGAAAGACAAGAAGAUGCGGCAUCCAAAUUUGGGAUGGGUAAUGCGGAGAAGCAAUCUAUUCUCAAUAAUCCUAGUGAAAUUAUGGCAAAUCGUUAUUGGGAAGAAGCCCAUAAUAUAGGAAGUAUAAAUUGUACACAGGUGUCCGCUGAAUUAAAAAUGGCUCGAGCGCUUGUAAGACUAGCUGAAAUUCAAGCUACACUACAAGAGCAGAGGAUAUUAUUUUUGAGACAGCAAACUAAAGAGCUAGAAGAAUGGAGAAGUUUAAAUAGUUUUAUGGGAGAUUCUUAGUAAUAAAAGAUUUGUAUUCUGUUAAGCAUGAUCCUCAUCAGACUGUUCCUGACAACUUUGUAUAGCUUGUUGGGCAUUGUACUUUGUGGCAUUUAGAGUCAAUAAAUGCUGAGUCCCUGCUUUUGGGUCCAAAUGCACUGUAUUCAAAAUGAAACUAUCUAAACGCCAUACUAAACAAUAUUCUUCCAAAAGUCAAGAUUCACCCGCACAGUAUUUUCCCCACGUUACUAAUAAUAGUACGAUAUUAUAAACGGAAGAGUAUGGAACGCAUAAAAAUAAUUGUGUACAUGAGGAUAGCGAGAGCUUUUGAAAGUGGAUUGUUACCUGUAUAUGAACACAAAAUAAUUGAACCUACUAAUGCUUAUUAAGUGAGAGCAAACUAUAACUAAGGCAUAUCUAUAUUCAAAACUUGACAUUCCGAGAUAUGUGCUUAAUAUACAAAUAUUGAAAACUAGUUUUCCAGUAUCUGGUUAAUUUCAUGCCAAUAUAUAUAUUGUUGGGAACUUCAAAUGUUAAUCACAUCAUGAGGAAUAUUUGCAUAUUCUCUAUGCUUAUGUCCAAUGAGUUAUAUGACACCUUGAAGAUUCUUAAAACUGAUGCAAAAUAAAAAUUCUCAGUGUUUGAAGAUGUAUAUUUUGGAUAAUUUGUAAAUGUUUCCUAUCACAAUGUAUUUUGUAUGUGAAAAAAAAAACUUAGUUUAAUUAGUAAAUGAGAAUUUCUGUUAAAUAUUGCAAAUUAAUUUUUAUUUUUACAUGACUCUUAAAACUCGAAUGCCAAGUAUUGUUUUACUAUUUUUAGACUCAAUAGUAUUUUGUAUUUUUUGUUUUAUUAGAGUUAUGUUACUUUUACGAAAGUACAUUGGAAAAUAAAUUAGCAUAAUUCAACUAAUUCUAUUUCCCAAUAUGCUGUUGUUAACUUAACUGUAAAUAUGUAAAAUAAAUUGUUAGUUCAUUAAAGAACUAUCUUUUUUCUUUUUUUUUAUAUCGCUAAGUAAGCAUUGAUAAGAAAUCUUAAUAUUUCUGCAUUUUUUAAUUCUUCUUCAAUUGUGCUGUAUGAUGAAUUAAAUACAAUAUUUAAUUAUUAUUUUAUGCAUGGAAGAGAAUUUUUGUGUUCAUUAUAAUUUGUUCAGUUUUGUAAAAUGGAAUAAUACUUGGCAUUUUUUAAUGUUUCAAAUAAACUCUUAAUUUCCAUUAAAAUAAAAUAAAAAUAUCAAGUUAUGGAUAUAAAUUAGAAAUUUGCUUUAUAUUAAAACUCUUUCUAUAAUGUUAUAACAUAAUUUUUGACUUACCUAUUUCUGGGAAAUUUAUAACUCCUAAAUACAUUCAAAAGAUUUGUAAAUGUUUAUUUGAUCUUUAAUUCCUACUUAGUAGGAGCCUACUGUGUAUCAUACUUCGCAUUUUUAUGAGUACUUGUUGAUAAAUCUGUAGUAGUUUUGUUUGACAUCAUUGUUCAGAUGUAGAAAUUUAUUCACAUUUUUUUUUCCUCCAUGCAUUCAUGAAAAUCAUUGCAUUCUUUUAAAUUAUUUUUAUUCCUAAAUAAAGUUGUUUUUAGUAUUUA